UCUCUCGCGAGAGGUGCGCAGCGCAGCCGCGGCCGGGGGGGAUGGCGGCGGCCGCCGGCUCCGUGUGAGGCUGGCACGGAGCGGCCCGGCCGCGGCUCAGCCUCCCUCCGCCUCCCUCCUGACCCGCACCGCUCCCGGCCCGCCCUGACGCCGGCCCCUUUCCUCCCGAGGCAUGAAGGCGGUACCGGGCAGCGCCGAGGAAACAGAGAAGCUGAACAAGAUGAGCACCCUCCUGGAGAGGCUCCACGCCAAGUACAACCAGAACAGGCCUUGGACAGAGACCAUGAAGUUAGUUCGGCAGUUCAUGGAAAAGCGAGUGGUGAUGAACUUAGGGGGGCACCAGCACCUGGUGAGCUGCCUGGAGACUCUGCAGAAGGCUCUGAAGGUGUCUUCUCUGCCUGCCAUGACAGAUCGCUUGGAGUCCAUAGCCAGGCAGAAUGGCCUGGGGUCUCACCUGAGCGCCAACGGCACCGAGUGCUACAUCACCUCAGACAUGUUCUACGUGGAAGUGCAGCUGGACCCCUCUGGGCUGCUGUGUGAUGUCAAAGUGGCUCACCAUGGGGAGAACCCUGUGAGCUGUCCAGAGCUGGUGCAACAUCUGAGAGAGAAAAACUUUGAUGAGUUUUCAAAGCACCUAAGAGGCCUGGUGAACCUUUACAAGCUGCCAGGUGACAACAAACUCAAAACCAAGAUGUAUUUAGCUCUGCAGUCCCUGGAGCUGGACCUCUCCAAGAUGGCAGGGAUGUAUUGGCAGGCCACCAAUGCCAACCCCUUGGACAAGAUCCUUCAUGGCAGUGUUGGCUACCUCACCCCCAGGAGUGGAGGGCUGCUGAUGAACCUCAAGUAUUAUGUCUCACCCUAUGACCUGUUUGAGGAUGGCACUGGAGCCCCUCUUGUCCUGCAUGAGAACAGUGUUCCUCGCUCCCUGGGCAUGAAUGUGGCAGUGACAGUGGAGGGGACCUUGGCCAUGCACAAGCUGCCAAUUGCUCCCCUGAUCAUGGGCUCCCACCCCGUGGACAGCAAAGGGACUCCAUCCUUCUCCUCCAUCACCAGUGCCAACAGUGUGGAUUUGCCAGCUUGCUUCUUCCUCAAGUUCCCUCAGCCCAUCCCAGUCUCCAGAGCCUUCCUCCAGAAGCUGCAGGCCUGCACAGGUAUCCCUCUGUUUGACACCCCAACGACCUUUGUCCCCUUGUAUGAGCUGAUCACCCAGUUUGAACUCUCCAAGGAGGCUGAUCCUGGCCCUCUGAACCACAACAUGCACUUCUAUGCAGCUCUUCCAGGCCAGCAGCACUGUUACUUUCUCAACAAAGAUGCUCCUCUCCCAGAUGGAAGAAGCCUUCAGGGGACUCUGCUCAGUAAAAUUGCCUUCCAGCACCCUGGCAAGGUUCCUCUCAUCCUCAACUUGAUCAGGCACCAGGUUGCCUACAACACUCUGAUCGGCAGCUGCGUCAAGAGGACUGUGCUCAAAGAAGAUUCUCCUGGGAUCCUGCAGUUUGAGGUCUGCCCUCUCUCUGACUCCUGUUUCAGUGUCUCCUUCCAGCACCCUGUGAACGACUCCCUGGUCUGUGUGGUGAUGGAUGUGCAGGACUCCACUCAUGUGAGCUGUAAGCUCUACAAAGGCCUCUCAGAUGCUCUGAUCUGUACUGAUGACUUCAUUGCCAAAGUGGUGCAGAGGUGCAUGUCCAUUCCUGUCACCAUGAGAGCCAUCCGUAGGAAGGCAGAAACCAUCCAAGCAGACACCCCAGCCCUGUCCCUCAUUGCAGAGACAGUAGAGGACAUGGUGAAGAAAAACCUCCCCCCAGCCAGCAGCCCAGGGUACGGCAUGACCACAGGCAGCAACCCCCUGAGCGGUACCACCACCCCGACCAGCACCUUUCCCGGGGGGCCAAUCACCACUCUGUUCAACAUGAGCAUAAGCAUGAAAGAGAGGCACGACUCAGUGGGCCACGGGGAGGACUUCAGCAAAGUCUCUCAGAACCCAAUCCUCACCAGCCUGUUGCAGAUCACAGGCAGCGUUGGCUCUACCAUCGGCUCCAGCCCGACCCCUCCCCAUCACACCCCACCGCCGGUCUCCUCCCCGGCCAGCAACACCAAGAACCAUCCCAUGCUCAUGAACCUCCUCAAAGAGAAUCCCCCUCAGGAUUUCUCCACCCUUUAUGGCAGCAGCCCUCUGGAAAGGCAGAACUCAUCCUCUGGCUCCCCUAGGAUGGAAGUGGGGCCUGGGGGGAGCAAGCCCAAGAAAAAAAAAUCCCGGCUGCCUGCCGACAAACCCAAACACCAGACUGAGGAUGACUUCCAGAGGGAGCUCUUCUCCAUGGACGUCGACUCCCAGAACCCCAUCUUUGACGUCAACAUGACUGCAGACACCCUGGACACCCCUCACAUCACCCCAGCCCCCAGCCAGUGCAGCACUCCCCCUACCACCUACCCCCAGCCCCUCGCCCACCCCCAGCCCAGCAUGCAGCGCAUGGUUCGGCUCUCCAGCUCCGACAGCAUCGGCGCCGACGUCACCGACAUCCUCUCUGACAUCGCCGAGGAGGCCUCCAAGCUGCCCAGCGCCGCCGAGGAUUGUCCUCCCAUCGGCACCCCGGUGAGAGACUCUUCCAGUUCAGGCCACUCCCAAAGUGCUCUCUUUGACCCUGACGUGUUCCAGCCCAACCCCACCGAGAACCCUUACACCGACCCUGCCGACCUGAUCGCCGACGCCGCCGGCAGCCCUGGCAGCGACUCCUCCAACCACUUCUUCCCCGACGGGGUCGACUUUAACCCCGACUUGCUCAACAGCCAGAGCCAGAGUGGCUUUGGGGAGGAGUACUUUGAUGAGAGCAGUCAGAGCAGAGACGCUGAUGACUUCAAGGGUUAUGCCUCCCAGGCUCUGACCACCUUGGGGGUGCAGGUUUUGGGGGCGGAGGGGGGGGACAGUAAGUUCAAGGGGAGCAGCCAGUCCGACACGGUGGAUUUCAGCAUCAUUGCUGCUGCCAGCAAGGCCCUGGGGUCCUCUGACAUCAUGGAGCAUCAUGGUGGGGCUCAGAGCCCCCUGCUCAACGCAGGGGAUUUGGGGAAGGAGAAGGCUCAGAAGAGGGUGAAGGAAGGGAAUGGCUCCGGGAGCAGCAUGGCAGGGCCCAGCCUGGAUGGGAAGCCAGGGAAACGCAGCAGGACCCCAUCCAGCGAUGGGAAAAGCAAAGAGAAGCUUCCCAAGAGGAAGAAGCAGGAGACUGAUGGGAAAUCCCCAUCCCACAGCUCCUCCAACAGGCCCUUCACACCCCCGGCGAGCACCGGCGGCUCCAAGUCUCCCGGGAGCUCCGGUAGAUCUCAGACUCCUCCCGGUGUGGCGACUCCUCCCAUUCCCAAAAUCACCAUUCAGAUCCCCAAGGGCACAGUGACUGUGGGCAAACCUUCCUCCCACGGCCAGUACAGCAGCAGCGGCUCCGGCACCUCCUCCAGCAGCAAAAGCCAUCACAGCCAUUCCUCCUCCUCCUCCUCCUCUUCUUCCUCCUCCACCUCAGGCAAGAUGAAGAGCAGCAAAUCAGAAGGGUCUUCGGGCUCGAAGCUCAGCAGCAGCCUCUACUCAAGCCAAGGUGGCUCCAGCUCGGGGCAGUCCAAGAGCUCGGCGCAGGCCGUGGGCAAGCCUGGGUCCUCCCCCAUCACCAAGCACGGCCUCAGCAGCGGCUCCGGCAGCGCCAAGAUGAAACCUCAAGGGAAGCCUUCGUCCCUUAUGAACCCUUCCAUGAGCAAACCAAACAUCUCUCCCUCUCACUCCAGACCCUCAGGAGGCUCUGACAAGCUUGCAUCUCCCAUGAAACCUGUCCCGGGGACACCUCCAUCAUCGAAAGCGAAGUCACCUAUCAGUGCGGGCUCUGGAGGCUCCCACAUGGCUGGGACUGGAUCCAGCUCCGGUAUGAAAUCCUCUUCGGGAAUGGGCUCCUCUGGGUCUAUGUCACAGAAGCCACCUCCUUCCUCAAAUUCCUCAACAGCAUCUUCAUCCUCCUUUUCAUCUAGUGGCUCUUCCAUGUCUUCAUCUCAAAACCAGCACGGCAGCUCCAAGGGGAAGUCUCCGAGCAGGAACAAGAAGCCAUCUCUGACCGCGGUCAUCGACAAGCUCAAGCACGGCGUCGUCACCAGCGGCCCUGGGGGAGACGACCCCAUGGAUGGGCAGAUGGGACCCACUUCCAACCCUUCCAGCCAUGCCAUGUCCUCCAAACACAACAUGUCUGGAGGUGAGUUCCAGGGCAAACGUGAGAAGAGCGACAAAGAGAAAUCCAAAGUCUCUGUGUCCGGAGGCUCUGGCGACUCCUCCAAGAAGGCUUCCGACUCCAAGAGCGUCGGCAGCACCGGGGUGGCCAAAAUCAUCAUCAGCAAACACGACGGUGGCUCCCCCAGCAUUAAAGCCAAAGUAACCCUCCAGAAACCUGGGGAAGGAGGUGGGGAAGGCCUGAGACCUCAGAUGGCUUCAUCCAAAAGCUAUGGGUCCCCUCUGAUCAGCGGCUCCACCCCGAAGCACGAGCGCUGCUCCCCCAGCCACAGCAAGUCCCCUGCCUACACCCCGCAGAACGUGGACAGCGAGAGCGAGUCAGGGUCCUCCAUUGCAGAGAAGUCCUACCAGAACAGCCCCAGCUCUGAUGAUGGCAUCCGGCCCCUGCCUGAGUACAGCUCUGAGAAGCACAAGAAACACAAAAAGGAGAAGAAGAAAGUCAAAGAUAAAGAUCGGGACCGGGAGAGGGAGCGGGAGAAGGACAGGGACAAGAAGAAGUCUCACGGCAUGAAGCCCGAGAGCUGGUCCAAGUCUCCCAUCUCUGCUGAGCAGUCUCUGUCCAUGAGCAGCAGCACCAUGCUGGCAGCAGAGAGGCCUUCCAGGGCCAGCCCCGAGUUCCUGAUUGGGGAGGAAGAUGAUGACCUGAUGGACGUUGCUCUGAUUGGCAAUUAAAGUGACUGGGUGCUGGCCCAGCGAGCUGG